AUGGCGAAAGAAGGCGAGCGGUCAGCUCCCGUCGACAAGGGCAAGGGCAAGGCGGAAGAUGUUAAGGAUGUGCCCGCUGGAAAGAAGCCGCAGAAGGACGAGAAGGAGCAGGCGGGUGGGAAGAAGAAGGGUGAUGAGCCCCAAGAAGAGGAGCUCAGUGAAGAAGACCAGCAACUGAAGGGUGAGCUUGAAAUGCUUGUGGAAAGGUUAAAGGAACCGGACACGUCGCUGUACAGUCCUGCAUUGGACGCAAUUAAAAACUUCAUUAAGACCUCGACCUCGUCGAUGACAGCUGUCCCGAAGCCGCUCAAGUUCCUCAGACCCCAUUACGAUGACCUCACAGCGCUAUACGAGAAGUGGUCGGCAGGUCCCGUCAAGGACUCGCUGGCCGAUAUGCUUUCCGUCCUCGGUAUGACCUACGGCGAUGAAGAGAAGCUCGAGACCCUCAAGUACCGCCUACUCGCCAAAUCGGAAGAUCUCGCUUCUUGGGGUCACGAAUACAUCCGGCACCUGGCUCUCGAGAUUGGGCAGGAGCAUCAGGACAGACUUAAUAAUGAGAAAGAUACCACGGAUCUUGUCGACCUGGCGCUGUCUCUCGUCCCGUACUUCCUGAGUCAUAACGCCGAGGCUGACGCCGUGGACCUUAUGAGCGAACUGGAGAUUAUCGACCAGAUUCCGAAAUACUUGGACGAGAACACGUAUUCGAGAGUCUGCCUCUACAUGGUUAGCAUGGUAAACCUCCUCACGUUCCCCGAGGACCAGCAGUUCCUUCGUACGGCCCACGAGAUCUACGUUCAGUUCAACGAGCUUACCAGGGCGAUCGUCGUCGCAAUUCGGUUGAACGACACCGAACUCAUCAAGAGCGACAUCAAUGCGACCUCUGACAAGUCCUUGAAGAAGCAGAUGGCAUUCCUUGCUGCCAGACAACAAAUAUGGCUCGACGUUUCGCUUGAGGAAGAGGAGGACCAGUCAUUCAUGGACUGCUUGAACAACAUCUCGAUUCACAAGCACUUCAAGUCUCUCGGCAAGGAACUCAAUAUUCUCGACCCCGUGAUGCCUGAGGAUAUCUACAAGACUCAUCUGGAAACCCGUGGGGCUGGGUUGACAAAUGUCGACUCGGCGAGACACAACCUUGCCAGCGCUUUCGUCAACUCCUUCACCAACGCCGGUUAUGGAAAUGACAAAAUGAUGUUGGUCGAUGCUGAUAAGAGUUCUUGGGUGUGGAAGACCAAGGAUGAUGGUAUGCUGUCGACUACAGCGUCGUUGGGUAUGCUCCUGCAGGGCGAUGUUGAAGAGGGUCUCGACAAGAUCGACAAAUUCACCUAUGCUUCGGAAGACCAAAUUAAGGCGGGUGCACUACUUGCUAUCGGUAUUCUUAACUCUGGCGUUAGGCUCGACUCCGAUCCUGCGUUGGCUCUCCUGAGUGAUCCCGAUAACCUCGAGGCCAAGAACGUUCCCAUGAGGGUAGCAUCCAUCAUGGGUCUCGGUUUGGCUUAUGCCGGAUCCAACAAGGAGGAGCUUUUGGAGGUGCUGCUCCCCAUUGUGGAGGACGUUUCGCUCGACAUGCAGCUGUCUGCGAUGGCUGCUGUCUCGCUGGGUCUCAUUUUCGUUGGUUCAUCAAACCACCAGGUCAGUGAGGCCAUUGCCACAACACUGAUGGAUGAGGAUCGGCAAAAGCACCUCAAGGACAAGUGGACCCGCUUCAUGGCACUUGGUCUUGCGCUUUUGUACUUUGGUCGCCAGGAAGAGGUCGACGUGAUCCUUGACAUUCUCAAGGCUGUCGAUCACCCCAUGGCUAAGCCCACUUCCGUUCUCGCCUCCGUCUGCGCGUGGGCAGGCACUGGUACAGUGCUGAAGCUGCAAGAGCUUCUUCACAUCUGCAAUGAAAUGAUCGACGAGAAGGAAGAGUCGAAGGGGGAUGAGUUGGUCCAGUCGUACGCCGUUUUGGGUCUGUCGCUCAUUGCCAUGGGUGAGGAAGUCGGCCAGGAUAUGAUCCUCAGACAGUUUGGCCACUUGAUGCACUACGGCGCGAGCAACAUCCGGAAGGCUGUUCCUCUUGCCAUGGGUUUGAUUAGCCCCAGCAACCCCCAGAUGAAGGUCUACGACACUUUGUCUCGGUACAGUCACGACAACGACAAUGACGUUGCCAUUAAUGCGAUUUUCGCAAUGGGUCUAUGCGGUGCUGGUACGAAGAACGCCCGUUUGGCGCAGUUGCUCCGACAGUUGGCAAGCUACUACCACCGCGACCCCAACUCGCUAUUCAUGGUCCGCAUUGCCCAAGGUCUUUUGCACAUGGGCAAGGGUACCAUGACCCUCAACCCCUUCCACACCGACCGCCAGGUCCUCUCCCGCGUGUCCGCCGCUGGUCUCCUUACGGUCCUCGUGUCGCUGAUUGACGCCAAACAAUUCAUCCUCGCCGAACACCACUACCUGCUCUACUUCCUUAUCACUGCGAUGUACCCUCGCUUCCUUGUUACUCUUGACGAGGACCUGCAGCCUGUUACCGUCAACGUGCGGGUAGGACAAGCAGUGGAUGUUGUCGGCCAGGCUGGUCGGCCGAAGACCAUUACCGGAUGGCAAACACAGAGCACGCCUGUGCUCUUGGCGUAUGGCGAGAGAGCAGAGCUUGAAGACGAACAGUACAUCCCUCUGAGCAGCACUCUUGAGGGAUUGGUUAUCUUGCGCAAGAACCCUGAUUGGGAAAACGCCGAGUAA